AUGCUAGUGAAGGCCAUUGUCUCCAUGUUAUUUGAAAAUAUGAUGGCACUGAAGGUGUAUCCAAUGAUGAGGUCAGUAUUUGUUGAUAUUAUAAAAACUAGUGGCUUCAGAGACUUAUAUGCUGGAUUAUCGCCAUCACUGGUUGAGACUGUUCUUUGCGCUCGCCUUUAG